AUGACGGAGUUGCGUGAACUGUCAGAUGCUCAUGUUGUGCUUCUGGCUGUUCAGCUGGCUUCAGAAGGAAAUCUGAAAGAUUUGCAACGCCUGGUGCGGUCACGUCGGCAUGUCUUGUCUAAUAGCCUGUUAUAUAGGCUCCUCCUGUCCUUUUGUCCACCGGAAAUUUCAGAGCAAUCGGCCCUCGUUGAUUUCCUAACGUCGCUGAGAGAAUUCGAAUCGGACCCCUCCGGCGAUACCGACAUCAAGGUCGACCCUUCCAUAUCCCAACUCUCCAAGCAGGAAGCGAUCAGCCAGUGCCAGGCAUUGAGACUACGGAGCGUCCCUGAGCAUGCAACGAUAGAUACCGACAGUACAUUAGCGAAUUUCAUAAUUGAAUGGGCCAAAGGCUUAGAGUUGGUCAACAGCGCAACCCAGCCUGCUCUCCAUUUCGUGGAGCAAUUCAUAGAUCAAGAUGCUGAUCUGCGGCUCUGGUACGAGACGUACCUGGCGCCUGUUGUCCGCCUGCAAUAUGAAUAUUAUCCGGACAUUGAAGACGUGAUUGGAUUGCAAGGGAUCGAGACACUAUCAGGUCCCGAUGGGAUCAGGGCGUUACUGCAGUAUGCCGAGAGGGAGCACACCCCGGAUGCCAUUGUCCGAGAUCUCGAUUAUGUUGUGACUCCAUGGGUCCGCGGUUCCAGUCGAGGAAAGAGGAGAAGAGUCGAUCGCCCGCAAGAUAUUGCGGCGGAGGAGAAUACUUCCUGGGAGGCGGUCAAUCAAUGGCUGGUCGCAUUGAGUAUGAAAGACUUCGACGUUGCCGCAAGAUCUUUCGCGCACUGGAGUGGUCCCGUACAUGAUGCAGGGACUGCUGAUGAAGUCGUUGCGAGGUUCGCGCAGACCGGCCUGGCAAUCAUAUAUGGCUGCUCCGAGACCUCUCCAGAGACGCAGGCUCGAUCUCAAGAGGUACUCGAUAAGGUCUCGCGGUUAACCGGUCUGAAAGCUCCCGACCUCCGCAGCUCCCAGCCAGACAUCGCCCUUCCACCGUCCUCUGGCAAAAACUUCAAUGAAGCGGACUUGUCGGCAAACUCGCUGAUGCAGAGGGACAAUCCGUUCACAUACGUUAGCCAAGCCUCCAUGGAUUUCCUGGUAGGACUCAUCCAUACCGCGGAGAUUCUUUUGCAGUUUAGACAAACAAUGCCGGUGGCCGAUCUAGCGCGGAUCUGUGUUUUUGGAUCUGAGCUUCGUCACAAGGAAGAGCUCCGUCGACUACUUCAAUACAUCCCCCGAAUGACUAGCAAAGACAUUGACUGGCGAUCUGUGCGCCAACAACUACUAUGGUUACAAUCUUGGGGCCACAGCCGGCAGCUUAAUUCCGAUUCUCCUCAGCCAGCGUUCUUUGGGCGACUCACCCGUGACUAUGUGGAAACCCAAAUCCUGGAUGCUCUUCUUAAGGCUGGCCAAUACGAAAUUGUGAAAAAGGUGUACAUGGACACGUCCUUCUUACCCCUGAAAAUGCCCGAGUUGGAAGAUCGUGUAGUUGCUGCCAUAUUGGAGGCGUAUGACAACGCCAGCAAUGGGAACAGGGACCGCGGCGGAAUGAAGCGUGCAUACGAGAUUCUCAGGGCAUUUCAGCCCAGAUUCCCGGAGUCUUCGAGCCUAUCCAGCCUUGAUCAUCUCAUUCGAGCCACCCACAGUCUCUCAUUCUACCACUUGACUCUUCAGCAUGGUACUCCUUUCAAACCAGUGGCGAUUCGCGUGCAGAAAGACCCCUUGACACUCGUCGAGAAAGUUUUAGAGCAGGAUGCGAAUGCAUACACGAAACUGGAUGAUCUUCUAGAGAUAACCAGAAAUUUGGUUCGUGCACAUCUUCCUAACGCGGGGGCCAUGUCUGAGGAGAUGGACUCCGUUGAGUCAGGCACCUUGGAUGCCGAACAUAGGAUCACUUAUUCGGCCAUAAUGGCCGCACUCGCGGCGGAUGAUUUCCACACGGCUUAUGCAUACAUCACGACUCGCCUAUCGGGCCCCAGGGCACAGUCUGUCGCUUCUGAAACCACUGAUGAUGUUUCGUGGAGGGCAGCGUACGCCGCGGGCAAAUAUCGUCCCAAGACGACCCCGAAAGGUUUGAAGGAACGCAUUGACAGCUUGGUUCAGCGGAUGGAGCUUCUCUCUCGAGCGCUGUUGCUGGCCCCAUCAGGUGAAGCUCUCGCCGGGAUCCUGGCGACAUGGCGUCGAUACGAGGAAGAAAUGGACGCCCUAAAGGCGCAAGCAAUGGAGGAAGAACGUGCUUUCGAAGCGCAAGCCGAUGCUUCACUGCCAGGGGGAUAUGCUCCUGAGGGUCGCGACGCUGACGUAGCUGAAACAAAGCGUGCCAUGGCACGUCGAAUUGGGCCGGGAAUUGCUACAGGUCCUUCCUACGAGGAAGAAGCUCCACUGGGAUUGUUUGACGUCGCCAGGGGAGCUGCAGCCGCCCUCAGAAGAAGCGCUGCCCUUCCACUUGGCUCAUCAGGACUACAGAACAUCAAGAUCCGAGAGACGGCGGGAUUGCCAAAUACGGAGUCCGAGGACUCUUCGUCGCAUGCCGGUGGUAGAGUUCGCAAGAGAGAUAUGGUAACUAAUAUGGUCACAAGUGGUUUGGUCAGCGGCAUGGGAUGGGUGCUUGGUGCUCAGCCGCAGGACCGGGUUGAUGAACAGUGA